AUGACUAAGGAAAUCUUGCAACUUUGGCUUCGUGGACCUAAGGCUGGUCAAGUGGAUACUUUUGCCGAAUUACCCGGUUUUCCAGACAAUGUUAGAAGAAAUUCCGAAGGGCAUUUCUGGGUAGCUCUGCAUGCAAAGGGAAGUCCUUUCGCGAAGUGGAUUUCUUCCAAUCCCUGGGCGGGAAAGGCAUUGCUAAAGAUUGGAUUUAACUUCAAACAGCUGCACUCAUCAUUUGCAGGGUGGAAGCCUCAUGCUGUUGCUGUAAAGCUAAGUGACAGAGGAGAGAUUCUAGAAGUCUUGGAAGACUGUGAAGGGAAGGCCUUAAAGUUCAUCAGCGAAGUGGAAGAGAAAGAUGGGAAGCUUUGGAUUGCAUCUGUGCUGAUGCCUUUCAUUGGCAUUUAUGGUUUGUGA